AGUCUGAUUUUGUGCUGCUGUCUGUGAACCUGACUCCACAGACACACAAACUGAUUGGGAAGAGAGAGCUGGAGCUGAUGAAACCCACCGCUACUCUCAUUAAUAUCAGCAGAGGUCUGGUUGUGGAUCAGGAUGCUUUGGUGGAAGCCCUUCAGAACAAAGUUAUUAAGGCAGCUGCUCUGGAUGUGACCUAUCCUGAACCUUUGCCAAGGGAUCACCCUUUGUUAAAGCUGAAGAAUGUUAUAAUAACUCCUCACAUUGGAAGUGCCACCAAAAAGACACGCCGCCUUAUGAUGGAAAACAUGGUGGAAAGCAUACAGGCAGGUCUUACAGGCCUUCCUAUUCCCAAUGAAGUAUCACUGUAAAAUGGCCUGCAUUCAAUGGGAAUGCCUUUAGAGUUCAUCCUGGCGUGAGGAAACAUUAAUUUGAUCACUCUUCGUGUAAUUAACCCAUGUGUGCUAUACAGAUAAAAUGUGCAACUAUAAUAAAUGGGUUUAAUUUAUUUAAAUAACCAGAAGCGA